GCUUGGAUGAGGGUCCGCGUGACGUUACAUGGAAAUAUUUUCCAGAUGCGCGCUGAGUAGUGGCGCAGAAUCCUCUAUUUUUGGCUAUUUCGAAAGUUCUACGCUUGCACAAUAGUUUGAUUUCUUUAGGUCGCCUGUAGUAAUAAGAAAUAAUGUUGAAUUAUGAAGACGGAUUUCAGGACGAAUUGGAAGGGGUCCGCCAACCUCGCUGCGUGAAGUAAACUGCGUUUGGUUUGUUCAGCUCUUCAGUCCUUUUCAGAGACCAAAAUGAGGGCAAUGCAUGCCAUUCUAAUAAUUUUCAUCUGCCUUCACUAUAGUUGGGGUAAGAAGAUGCGCUGGUGCACGGUGUCUGAGCCGGAGCAGAAGAAGUGUGCGGAGCUGGCCAAGGCCCUGGUGGCAGUGUUGCCUCCUGCUGCUGUGGCAGCAUUCGCAAGGCUCUCCUGUGUCCUCGCCUACAGCACCACCGACUGCAUCAACAAGAUCAGGGCUAACCGUGCUGACAUGGUAACAUUGGAUGCAGGGGAAGUCUACACUGCAGUGAAGCAGUUUGGCCUCACUGCCAUUGCCAAGGAGAUCUACAGGGACGGAGGCUGUAUUCUGUCGGUGGCGGUGGUGAGGAACAGCACCCUGGACGUGCGCUCCCUGCAGGGCCAGAGAAGCUGUCAUACUGGGGCCCGCUGGACGGCAGGCUGGAGUCUACCCCUGGGCUUCCUGCUGUCCCGCAACUACCUGACCUGGGCAGAGGAGCAGACACUCAGUCUGGCGGUCAGUGCCUUCUUCAAUGCUAGUUGUGUUCCUGGGGCGGCUGCCAUAGCACCCGUCCUGUGUGCCCUGUGUCAGGGUCAGAAGUCCUACAUCGCCCAGCGCAACUUCCACUGUGAAACGGCACAUGGCGAACCCUUCUACAACAGCCAGGGGGCGCUCAGGUGUCUCAAGACUGGGGCAGGGGAUGUUGCUUUUGUGGACCAUACAGCCCUGGAGGGUAUUGAAGAGAGUGAGAGGAAGGAUUACCAGCUGCUGUGUACUGAUGGUACCCGUGCGCCACUAAGCCACUAUGGGACCUGCAACUUGGGAAGGGGACCAGGACAGGGCAUGGUCACUCGACUCAAUGUUCGUAAGAUCGCACGCAAGUUCCUGGCGGCAGCACAGAUGGCGUUUGGUCGGCGGGGUAGAGAGAGGCAGCGUUUCCAGCUCUUUGACUCUGCUCCGUUCGGCGCCGCUGAUCUGCUCUUCAAGGAUGUCACAGAGAAGCUGUCCAUUCUAGAGGAUAACAAGGACAUCAGUCAGGUGCUGGGGCUGGACUAUGUGGCUCUCCUCAAAGGCCUUGGACAUGAAGGAAGCUCAUUGGAGGACAGUGUUGUGCGUUGGUGCUGCAUUAGCAAUGCAGAACAGAAGAAAUGUGAGCAGUGGGCUCUCAGCAUUAAGUCAGACCCAUUGGUGUGUGUUAGAGCCAUCUCCAUGAGCGAUUGUGUCGAGAAGAUUAAGAGAGAUGAGGUGGAUGCUGUCUCACUGGACGCCACGCACGCAUUCAUCGCUGGGAAAUGUGGCCUUGUCCCCGUGGUAACAGAGUAUUAUGGGAAGACGUGCGUACCGGCUGAGGGAGGAGCUGAAAAAGCAGGCCAUUUAGAGACGGAUGUGUUGCCAUCCGUCGUUGGUGUGGCGGUCGUGAAGCGCUCCACCAGGGGUGUGUUCUUUGGGAACUUUGGGGGCAGGCGCUCCUGCCACGGCCACAUGUACAGCCCUGCAGGCUGGCUUCUGCCCUUUAGACACAACCUCAGCCUGGAACACAACAACACCUCUCCCUGUGAACCAAACCAAGGU